AUGGAGUCAACAGACGAGGAGCCAAAGUCAAAUUCAUCAAGGGAAAAUAAGCCCUGCUACCUGCUUCACUCCGACUUGUCGGCGGGACUCAGAAGUCACAUAACGGAAGAGUUGGAAGGACAGUUGAUUUACCUAUCAAUGGCGAGUCACUUUGAUCGGGGUGAUGUCAACAUGCCCGGCUUGGCUGCCUAUUUCCGGUAUCUCGCGGACGAGAAGCUUAGUGCUGCAGACCAGGUGAGAUUAGGUCAGACAUGA